UACCACCGAACAAGAAGGAGCUUCCCAAACAGAGAGGCACAUGGUCUUCGUGCUUGAAAAUCUGAAAAGGAGAAAUUACCACAGUUUUGCUGAACUGCACGGGAUUUUGAGCAGUGAGCGGAAAUGGCGAACGAUGCGGUGAAGCUGUCCAAAAACCUGCUGCGGAUGAAGUUUAUGCAGCGUGGCCUGGACACAGAGGUGAGGAAGCAGCUUGAAGAGGAGGAAAAAAGGAUCAUCAGCGAUGAGCACUGGUACCUGGACCUUCCAGACCUCAAAGCCAAAGAGAGUUUCAUCAUAGAAGAAAGUAGUUUUGUGCCCUGUGAAGACCUGAUAUAUGGCAGGAUGUCAUUCAAAGGAUUCAAUCCUGAAGUUGAGAAACUCAUGCUAGUGAUGAAUACAAAGAGCCAGGAUGAGGAAGAGGAAGAAGAUGACCUGGGCAAGAUGGAAACAGAUAUUACAGAUGAAGAAAUGGCAAGCAGAUAUGAGCGAUUGGUGGAGAGCAUCAAAAGAAAAUUUGCAAAGAAGCGGGAUCGAUCAGCAUUGCAGGAGGAAGAUGUCAUUGAAACUACAGAAAAAAGAAACAAGAAGGCUUUUUUAAAACCGCAGGAUUAGGAAAAUUUAGUAUCUCUUUAGAUAUUAUCUUCAGUGUUUUUUUUUUCUGUACUAUGCAAAUUUGGCAUGGAUAUGGAGAAAAAGGCUUGUUAUAAGGUGUUAUGUUAAAUGGAAUUAAAUGGAUGUUAUACAUCCUAAUGGUUGUGACACUUGGGUCAAAGUUUAAAAAUUUUCUAUGAUCAUUUCAGCAUCAGAAUAUUUCUCUUUUGUGUAGUUUUUAUGAGUGGACAUUUCUCAGUGGAACCUGACAAGUUAAGGAAUUUCUUAAAUUAUAAGUUUUUGGUACUAAAUUUAUGCCACAGUGCAAAUCUUCAAUAUAGACAUUUUAAACACUUUUUGUUUUCAGUUGCUAUUGCUUUGCAGAGGACUGAAAAAUACAGAAAAAGGUUUUUGAAAAUAUCACUGCAGCAUACAAGGGAGUGCUGGUCUGGGGAGUAACCAGGCGAGGAGUAGUGGUGGGUGAAUUUGCACAAGUUUUUAUUUUCAUUUCCCCAUAGCAUAUACACAAUUGAAGUGCACACAACUUUUCAGCUACAAGCAAGAAAAAAACUAAGAUUUUAACAGUACAGGAAAACAGAGAACAUCAGUACAAGUCAUCAAACUUCUGUCACAAAGCUCUCCAGUCUCUGUUGCACUUAAUAUAAAAUUCAAACUUCACUCUCAGUAGUGUUUUUCCAGACUGGUUUCUUCCAAACAUCCACAUUUUUCUUUUUCCGGUUUUUGUUUUAAAGAGUCUUAAUUCUUUGCUACAUCUGCUGCUCAUUCCCUGUUAACUGGCAUCAGAUGAGAUCCUGAGCAGGAAUUGGGCAUGGGUUGAUUUCUGCCUGCUCCAGUUGAUUGAUAAAACCACCUGCAAAAACACUGUAAAGUAUUCAAAAUUUACCACAAGAAUUUGUGAAACUAUGAAAAUAACUAAACUAAUGGUACUUUAGUGCAAUCAAUCUAGUCUGAAAUGUGGUUAAUGAGAAUGUGUCAGUAAAAUUGAGCUCAGAGAAAAAAGCAAAUGUGAACUUAAGCUAGAUUAAUAAGCAUUCCUGUUACGCAUUUACAAUAAAUAAAACAUCUUAGAUGCUCAUUACAGCAAGUAAGAAUAAAAUCAGAUCAAGAAUGAAUAAUUCACAUUUUUUUAAUCUUCAGUUAGGGGUCGCAGUGGGUUGGACCGGGUCC